AUGGUCAUACACCCCGGAGGCACGAACAUUUCCCACGGACAGCGGCAGUUGGUAUGCUUGGCACGAGCGUUGCUGGCGCAUUGUCGCCUAUUGAUCUUGGAUGAAGCAACGAGUGCCAUCGACAGCAUAACUGAUGCCGCAAUCCAGAAGAUAAUACGCAAAGAAUUCUCGGAAGCGACGGUCAUAGUCAUCACGCACAAACUUGCUAAUGUAGCUGACUUUGACGCGCUUCUUGUGUUGGCUGAUGGGAAGGUAGCAGGGUUUGGCCCCCCUGCUGAGAUCAUGGCCAACGGCGGCACAGGCUUGGGGCCAGAAUAA